ACCUGCAGCGACGGGCUGCGCUCCACUCCGCUGCACCGUGCAGCAGCUCAGGGUCACAGCUGCUGCGUGCAGCUCCUGCUGCAGCACGGAGCCUCCAGCAACCUGCAGGACGCGCAGGGCAACACGCCACUCCACCUGGCGUGCGAGGAGGAGCGCACCGACGUGGCCCAGCUGCUGCUGGUGCACGGCGCCAGCGUCGACAUCGCAAACCGCGAGGGCCUCACGCCGCUGCAGCUGGCGCCAAGGGGCCUCGCCACGCUGCUCCGCAGGGCGCUGUGCCCCCCCACACAAAGCUAAAGCCCCCCCCCGCCCCCCAGCGACAAGCCGAUGGACAAUUCCACGUUGCCGUGGCGAGGGCCGGUCCUGGGCUGAAGAUUUGUUAUAUUUUACGAAGGAAACGCCGUGUCCCCCCGUGUCUCCCCGUGUCCCUCCAUGUCCCCCCGUGUCUCACCGUGUCUCCCCGUGUCUCCCCGUGUCUCACCGUGUCCCCCCCGUGUCCCCCCCCGUGUACCCCCGUGUCUCACCGUGUCCCCCCGUGUCCCCCCGUGUCCCUCCAUGUCCCCCCGUGUCUCCCCGUGUCUCCCCCGUGUCCCCCCGUGUCUCCCCCGUGUCCCCACGUGACCCCACGUGUCCCGCAAGGAUGCGGCUGCUCUCCGUAGCUUCUUGUCCAGACGCGACGUGAACAUCGGACACGUGAUCGCCGGCUCAUCAUCACCAUCGUCAUCACCACCAUCAUCACCAUCAUCAUCGUCAUCACCACCAUCAUCACCACCAUCAACACCACCACUAUCAUCAUCAUCACCAUCACCACCAUCAUCAUCACCACCAUCUUCAUCACCACCAUCAUCAUCUUCAUCAUCACCACCAUCAUCACCACGAUCGUCAUCACCACCAUCGUCAUCAUCGUCAUCACCAUCAUCAUCACCACCAUCAUCAUCACCAUCAUCACCACCAUCAUCACCACCAUCAUCACCACCAUCGUCAUCAUCGUCAUCACCACCAUCAUCACCACCAUCAUCAUCACCACCAUCAUCACCACCAUCAUCCUCACCAUCUUCAUCAUCAACACCAUCACCACCAUCAUCAUCACCAUCUUCAUCAUCAUCACCACCAUCUUCAUCAUCACCAUCGUCACCACCAUCAUCAUCACCAUCGUCAUCAUCACCACCAUCAUCUUCACCAUCAACAUCUUCACCACCACCAUCAUCCUCAUCAUCAUCUUCAUCACCACCACCAUCUUCACCAUCACCGUCAUCAUCACCACCGUCAUCAUCUUCACCACCACCACCAUCAUCACCACCACCGUCAUCACCACCACCGUCAUCACCGUCGCAUCUAAAUGUAUAAAAUGUAUAGCAGCGGCAGCCACAUUGCUCUUAAACGCGCGACGUCGAUUCUACAUGGAGAGGGGGAAACUCCGGAGGCCCCGGAGAGAAAUCCACACCCACACGGGGAGAGACACACGCAGACUCCAGACACACACAGCAGCAAGCAUCGUCAGGGUCGGGAUCGAACCCACGACCUACUGUAGACCAAGCGAGGUAGUCAACAUCUCCUAGCCACCGUGAUGAUGAGAGAGACGCAAACUCCAAAUAUACAGCAGCAGGCAUCGUCAGCGUCGGGAUCGAACCCACGACCUCCUGUACACCAGGCGAGGUAGUUAACAUCUCCUAGCCACCGUGAUAGAUAUACAGCAGCAGGCAUCAUCAGAGUCGGGAUCGAACCCACGACCUCCUGUACACCAGGCGAGGUAGUCAACAUCUCCUAGCCACCGUGAUGAUGACAGAUAUACAGCAGCAGGCAUCAUCAGAGUCGGGAUCGAACCCACGACCUCCUGUACACCAGGCGAGGUAGUCAACAUCUCCUAGCCACCGUGAUGAUGACAGAUAUACAGCAGCAGGCAUCAUCAGAGUCGGGAUCGAACCCACGACCUCCUGCGUACCAGGCGAGGUAGUCAACAUCUAGCCACCGUGAUGAUGAUGACAGAGAGAAGCAGACUCCAAAUAUACAGCAGCAGGCGUCAGCGUCGGGAUCGAACCCACGACCUCCUGUACACCAGGCGAGGUAGUUAACAUCUCCUAGCCACCGUGAUGACAGAUAUACAGCAGCAGGCAUCAUCAGAGUCGGGAUCGAACCCACGACCUCCUGUACACCAGGCGAGGUAGUCAACAUCUCCUAGCCACCGUGAUGAUGA